AUAUAUCUGGUUUACAGGUUUGAUGGGAAGGAAUUUCUAGAAAGAUAUAGGGGCAAAAAGGUAAUGUUCGUGGGUGACUCACUGAGUUCAAACCAGUGGCAAUCGCUGGCGUGCAUGCUUCAUGCUGCCCUACUCCCAAACGCCAAUUAUACCUUGACUAGACGAGGACCGCUCACCACCCUUUCCUUUCUGGAAUAUGAAAUGUCGGUUAUGUUCGUGAAAAAUGGAUUCUUCGUGAGCCUAACGAACCGCACGCUGAAACUCGACACUCUCGUUGGAACCGGUCUUUGGACAGGAGCCGAUGUCUUGAUCUUCAACAGCUACCACUGGUGGUUGCACUCUGGGCGCCUUAGAACGUGGGACAAUUACCAGAUUGGCAACCAGAUAUUUAAAGACAUGGAUGUUAUGGAAGCCUACAAGACAGCUUUAACUACUUGGGCUAACUGGGUCGAUUCCAACAUCGACCCCGCCAAAACCCGAGUCUUUUUCCAAGGAAUCUCGACCGUUCAUUACAAAGGGUCAGAUUGGAACGAACCGAGCGUGAAGGAUUGUAGAGGACAAACGAAACCGAUAAACGGGUCGGAUUAUCCGGGAAUCAAACCUCAGGGAGAUCCAGUGGUGAGAAGUGUGUUGAGCAAUAUGAAGAAACCGGCUUUUUUGCUCGACAUAAGUUUGAUGACUCAAUUAAGAAAAGACGGACACCCUUCGAUUUAUGCUGGCAAAGGCCUCGAUUGCAGCCAUUGGUGCGUUGCCGGUGUACCCGAUACCUGGAAUCAGCUCUUGUACACACUUCUCCUCAAGAGCUAAGAAAAGUAUGUCCUUUUUUUUUCUUUUUUGGAGGGAAAUGAGAAUUAAAUAAAGAAUUCAGUUUUAAGGAAUUCAUGUAAUGAUUUGAGCUCUCUUCAUUGGACCAAAAAUCGAGGGUUGAAAUUCGAAGAA